GAAUCUCGUUUGAGGGGUAGAUAAGGCAGCAUCACCGGCUGUAAGCGGCUGACCUCGCGCGGCAUCCCGCUUUUCAUCCAGAUCCUUUCGUGGAGGCUGUCUUCACACUUGAACACCGGCGCCACUCGCGGCACAGUGAGACUCGAUCCUAGCCUUCCGUGCUAGACACUUCCGUCAUAUUGUCGUCAAGUAUAUAUCGUUUUGUUCAUGGUUCUUUGCGCUAUCAGACGGCCAUGGAUCCCAUCAGCGCUGUCAGCUUUGCCGCGAGCAUUGUUACCUUCAUUGAUCUCGCAUCCAAAGUUGUCUCGGGAGCAUUCGAGGUUCUCAGCUCCGGCCAGGUUUUGGAGAACGCCCACGUUGCCGCCGUAGUUGACGACUUAACCACCGCCACCAAACAGUUUGCAAACCCCCCCGGCGGCUUAUUCGAAGCAUGCAGAGGCUUUGGCGGCUCUGGCUGUGGAAUGCCAAAAUAUCGCCGAGGAUCUCCGGAAGCUCCUGAAGACGUUGAAGCUCAAAGCCGGUAGCUCCACAUGGAAGAGUAUCAAGACCGUUCUCUUGUCCAUGAGAAGAAGCGGAGAAGUCGCGCAUUUGGAAGACAGGCUUGGGAAAUGCCGGUCACAGAUCCUUUUCCGUUUGGUUCUCCUGAUGUCGGCAUUGACAAUCCCUCUCCUCCGGGAUGAUAAUCUGAGAACACUAAAUCAAACUCUGGGAACCCUGAAUGAGGCCAUUCAUCGCGGAGAGGAUUCCGCGUCGGCCAUGUUCAGCGAGCACCUGCAACU